AUGGAAACAGCAACCCUAAUUGCCAUCUCUCUAUCCGGUUUAAUUGUUAGUUUUACUGGGUAUGCCUUAUAUACUGCUUUUGGGCAACCCUCUCAACAACUAAGAGAUCCAUUCGAAGAACACGGUGACUAG